GGAAUUACUCUUUUGCUCUGUUUUCCUGUUUCUUGUUCGCGUCCAAAUUACUGUAGGUGGUUUCUUCUGAAAUAGGAGAUGGGCGUUUUUUCAGUAAUCAGUUUUGGUGGCUUUCAGCUAUGCUGUUGGAGUUUUCUUUUACACAGAAUUACACUGAUAUGUAUAGAUAACCUUUUUCUCUACUUUAUUUCCUUGUUUUCUGGGUUUUCCUCUGCCAAGGUGGUUGCUACUACUUGAUUUUUCUUGUGUUUCGUCACUGAUUUGCAUCAAGGGUUCUUGGAUUGAUAGCUCAAUUUCUAUCUGUUUGCAGCUGGAAAUCUUGAGUACCCCCCCAUCUGUUAUCCUUCUGACACAAAUCCGCCCUUUUUUAUGGGUUUUCUCAAGCCAUUGUCUCAACUAAGCCUUGAUGGAUUUCAAUGAAGACGAAGUACUAAUUUCUUUGAGAGAGAUGGAGAAUUCUGAUGACGGAGAAGAGCUCAAUGAAAAUGGAGGGGCAGAAAAUGGUCACUCCAUCAUUAGGCACCCCUCUUACCAACCUACCAUCAAGGCCCCUUUGUCGUGGCUUGACUUGAGAGUGUUCUACGUUAGAAUUAGCGAAUGUGCGAUUCGUGAUGAUUCAAUUCCUGAGUACCUAACGCUGAACCACGUCCCGUUAAACCGGGACACUCUUCUUGAAGCCAAUGGUGUAAGAACUAGCAUAUAUUCUGAUGGUGCGUCUGUACUUCUCAAAAGGGACCGUUUAGAUAAACAAUCCGAAGAAGUUACAUUUGUGAGUACCGAUAGUGUCCGGAUGACUGGAAGUGUGAAGUUUGAGGUUUUCCACAGAGAUUUGCUGGUGAUAUCUGGAACUUUAGAACUGUGUCAAAGCAAUGGUUUUAUUGAAUCGUCGAGGAAUCAUGUCCAGAGUUGGAGUAUGAAUUGCGAAUUGGAGUAUGGAUUUUUCAAGGGAAACCAAAAUAACUAUAAGGGCCUUGAAUCUGCUUCGCCUGCUAUCGAGGUUUUUGUUGCCGGUUGCUUCUUGGGUAGUCCGAUUAUAUUGACUAAAACGUUGCACCUGAGUCAUAAGAAGAAGCAACUUAGGAAAGGGAUGCUGGAGUCGAUACCGGAAUAUGAGGCAACCCAAAGCCACAAAGACGAUUCCUCUAGCCUAGCAAUUCAGUCAAGAAAUCAUCCAGAUUACAAACCAGAAGAGGAAAAUUACUGCAGUCCAUAUCAAGGAAUGGAAUACUUGGAAGGCGAAGAUGGAGAAUUAUCCUGGUUCAAUGCUGGAGUAAGAGUCGGCGUUGGCAUAGGCCUCAGUAUCUGUCUUGGAGUUGGAAUAGGAGUGGGGCUUCUGGCACGAAUGUAUCAAGGAACCACAAGAAACUUCAGAAGCCGUUUUCUCUAAUCUGACCUUUAUCUAACCUUUGUGCAGAUCAAGUCGAGACUGUUGGAUAAGCUCACUGGUUCGUUUCAUUUAACCUACUGCAAGAAUGUAUGAAAAUAAAACUGUAUUUGUAUCCAUACAUGAAUUCUCCCUGGCUGAACCUAAACAUCCAAGGUAUACCCAUGUUGCUUAUCAAUGAGCUUAGACCUUCUGAUGUA